AUGUCAAACACUGUGAAUGAAUUAUUUGAAAAGAUUAUUAAUGAAGAAAGUCAAAUUAUACAUAAAUUUGCACAAGAAUUAGCUCAAGGGCUAUCAUUUUUACAUAAUGACAUAAAUAUUGGUAGUGGUGAUUUUUAUAAAGAGCAAGCUGUGAUAGUCGCAAAUUUCAAUAAACUAAGCAAUUCUGAUCAAGCAACAACAAUACUACGACCUCAGAAGGAAAAAAGUGGUCAGAAUGGAGAAAAUUUAUGUGAACAAAAUAUAGUUUUUAAUGCUAUGAAAAAAGAAGAGAAAACUUCGAAGAGAAAACUUCGAUUGAUUUGGGGAAAAAAUACUAAUAUAGUUGAAACCGACAUAGUUACAAAAGAGUUACAUUGUAUUACUGAUGGCGAUGUUUACAAUGAUAUCCAAUUUUCCGUCCUUAAACUUGCCAUUAAAGGUAGUAAUAAGACAAAUUCGCGGAAUGUUACUGAUUUCACAGAAGUUACAAAGUUUAUUUCCGUUCAUCAAAAUAUUUCUUCAAAAGAUACCAUUGACCACAUAUUUAACUCACAACAAAUACAAGCAUAUGCGGUAGGAAUUGAUUUUCAGCAAGAUUGUUUAAUACCAUGUAUUAUUUUCUGGGUUGCUGAACAUUUGAAUGGGACGGUAAUGGAACAACUUUCAGCUUUAUUUCAGAAUGAGUUCGAAAUUAUAGACGAAGUUGUGAAACCAAUGGAAACAGAUGUGAAUGCUCAACACAGUUACGCUAAAGGAAUCGUUAUAACAUCUACAGCGUCGGCUGUUAACAAAAAUAACCACACAAUUUUCCAGAACUUUAGUAUAACCACACGUAUCUGGGCAAAAGUCACUCCAGAUUGUAAAAUGGGAACUAUGCUUAGCAAUCACUGGAAAGAACUUCACGAACUGGGAUCUGCUUACUUUCUCGACUCCGUUAAGGUUAGGGUUUCUCUAAUUCCGCACGAAAACGUUAGUGGUACAUCCUGCAUGAUUGUGCCAAAUGUUGCUUUUACACAGCCACAAACAAUUCAUGAAACAAAUUCAGGAGUUGAAGGGCAAGUAAGCGGAGUUUUGAGAACAAUACCUACAAUUGGAAUUCAACGACUAUUGCGCAAAGAACGCCACUGGUAUAAAAUUAAAUACUCACGAGUGGGAGAUGAUCUUACUGUUACCUUGGGAGGUGAUAACAAUCUUUUCCCUCCAACAGAUCUUCGAGGAAAUUUUAUGGAAAAUUGUGGAUCUUUACAGAAAGAAUAA